AUGUCCAAGCUGAGGGUUCUUGAUUUCCAGUACAACUUGGACAAGGGGCUAAAAGUCUUUAAAUCCCUGUCAGCGUUGCGAGACUCGAAGGUGUCCGAUUUGUUCGUGCGGUACGAGCCGAACGAGGUUGAGUUGCGCAAGGUGUUCGACAAAAUCUCGAACCAAAAGGAUAAGAUCGACGAGGGCGACCUCGAGCGGCUGGUGAAAAUGACGCACACGUGCCACCUCCAGAGCAACGAGAAGAAAAAGGUUUGCGAGGCGGAGGAGGAGGCGAAGCGGAUGCUGUGGGCGGCGGACCUGAACAAAGACGGAGUGGUGGACUUCGGGGAGUUUAUGGAGGUGAACAGGAAGGGCGGGGUGAGGAGCAGCGAGAUCAAGAGCGCCUUCUGGAUGUUCGAUCAGGACGGCGACGGCCGGAUAAGUGCCGCCGACAUACAGAAGAUGAUGGUGAGGCUGGGGGAGAGUUGCAGCCUGGAGGACUGCAAGAGGAUGGUGAGGCAUGUGGACAAGAACCAGGACGGCGUGGUGGACAUGGACGAGUUCAUGGAGAUGAUGACCAGCACCAUGAAGCUCAUGUGA